ACAUUUAUCAGUCGCGUCCGAGACGUUGAAAUGCCUAUGUACAGAGAGGAUAAAACCAACUGUCUUAAUUGUAAAUAACACCCAAACGUGAUGGAGGUUCGACAGCUCCUUGCGCUGUUCCUGUGUGUCCUACCAUUGUCAGCAGCGCAGCGUCCUAACAUUGUGUUUAUUGUGGCAGAUGACUUAGGCUGGAAUGAUGUUGGUUACCGAAAUCCUGACAUGAAGACGCCAAACAUCGACAAACUGGCCACAGAAGGAAUCAUCUUCGAGAAUGCAUAUGUCCAGCCUCUGUGCACCCCAUCCCGCACUGCCUUCAUGAGUGGAAUGUAUCCAUUCCACGCAGGCACGCAGCAUGCGACAAUUCGCCGUGGCCAAGCAGUGUGUGUGCCCCUCAACUAUACAUUCCUGCCCCAGGAACUAAAGAAACUCGGAUAUGCUACACACAUGAUCGGAAAAUGGCACCUGGGUUUCUGCAAGUGGGAGUGCACCCCGACCUACCGAGGCUUCGAUACUUUCUUUGGUUACUAUAAUGGACAUGAAGGCUAUUUCAAUCACUCUGUCGGCGGGUAUCUUGACUACAGGGACAAUGAGCUUCCGGCAAGAAACUAUUCUGGGGAAUAUUCUGCUUACACGUUUACCCAGAGAGCCGUUGACAUCAUUCAUCAACAUAACGUAUCAGAGCCACUGUUUAUGUACCUUCCAUAUCAGAAUGUGCAUGAGCCUAUUGAGGUGCCUAAGAAGUACGAGGAUAUGUAUCCGAACGUCAUUAACGAAGGCCGAAGAAAGUACAGUGGAAUGGUGUCUGCCCUGGAUGAAGCGGUUGGAAAUGUUACGCAAGCCUUGAAAGAUCGGGGCUUGUUUGAAAAUACCCUAAUUCUGUUUACAACUGACAAUGGAGGCCCUCUCAACGUGUAUGCCAACAACUGGCCCCUGAGAGGAGCGAAGCGCACGAUCUGGGAGGGUGGCACGAGGGGGGCAUCCUUCAUGUACGGUGUAGGCCUCCAGAGGAUACAAACUACAUAUGAUGGGGUGAUCCAUGCCGUCGACUGGAAACCCACCUUAGUGUCUGCUGCUGGGGGAAUUCCAGAGACAACCAUUGAUGGAAUGAGUCACUGGGAUUCUAUUGAUACGGCCUCCCCCUCAUCAAGGACAGAGUUCAUCUACAACAUUGACGACUUUGAAGUUCCAGACGAAGGUCAUGCUGGAAUAAGAGUAGGGGACUACAAGCUGAUCCUAGGGUAUCCAGGUGGUCCUGACGGUUGGCACAAACCCAUGAACAAAACAAAGGAUGAACAAUAUGAAACUAUGAUUUACAUCAAAGGUGAUGCGCCUGUCCAUCUCUUCAACAUAAGAGAGGAUCCAACUGAGCACAACGACCUUGCGCAACAGAUGCCGGACAUGGUGGCGAAGCUGCGUGCGCGGUUUGAGGACUACAAGAAGACGAUGGUGCCAGCCAAUUCCCCCAAACAGGAUCCUGCAGCGGACCCCAGAAAAUACGGGAACAUUUGGACCCCAGGGUGGUGCUAAUCAGAUGUACUUAUGUCAAUGUGUAGAUCAUCCUUAACUGAAACAAACUGUUUAUGUCUUUUGUGCUUAAUACAUGAACAUUUGUCGAUAA